AUGGCAGCUUUACGUACACUUUUCAAACGUACCGCCAGCCAAAAUUCUAAUCAACUAAGUGCUAUUAGUAUUAACACCGAUUCCACAAGUGACUCAUCAACUAACGAACAUUUGAAUAAUCCAAACAAUGAGAAUUACAGUAGUACAUCAACAUUGGGUGUACUUACAAUAACAAAUGACGAUUCCUUGCGACGUCCCUUACUUCGUAUUCACUCAAGACAACCUAAAAGGAACAUUUUCUCUUGUUUUAUAAAUAACAAUUCAACACUCAUGGAUUCGCCAGAGGAACAAGUUCUCGAUGAAAAUAUUUGUUUAAUUGAUAAAACAUUACCAAAAGAAUUGUUACUGAGAAUCCUCUCCCAUCUUGAUUAUAAAUCAUUAUGUCGAUGUGCACAAGUGUCAAAAUAUUGGAAUGCUCUGGCAUUGGAUGGAUCAAAUUGGCAAAGUAUUAAUUUAAAAAGUUACCAACGCGAUGUCGAUGGUAUGGUUUUGGAAAACUUGAGCAGACAAUGUGGGUCAUUCCUUAAGCGAUUAAAUAUUGAAAACUGCAAAUAUAUUACUGACCAUAAUAUGCGUACUUUGGCCAACAAUUGUCCUAAUCUUGAACAAUUAAUUGUUAAACAUUGUACGAAAUUAUCCAAUAGUACUCUGUAUCAUCUGAGUAAACAUUGUCCAUAUUUAAAGUACAUCAAUAUUGCUUCCUGCCAUCAUAUCGAUGAUCAAGGGAUUAAAAUGAUCAGUUCAAGUUGUUCGGAUUUGGAAUGGUGUGAUAUAUCAUGGUGUAUGAGUAUAACUGAAAAUGGCAUUCGAAAUCUUGCUGAAUCAUGUCCAAAGUUACAAGUCUUCAAAGCAGAAGGGUGCACACAUAUGACAAAUAAAGCAGCCAAAGAAUUAGCAAUGAAUUGUCCGAAUUUAUCAGUACUUGAUCUAAACCGUUGUUCUUCCUUAACUGAUGAUGGCCUUACAAUUCUUGCUGAACGUUGUAUUUCACUUGAAACAUUAAUCAUUGCUAAUUGCAGAAAUUUAACAGACGAAACAUUGAAAGCUUUAGGAACAUAUUCUCAUCAAUUAAAAAAAUUGGAUUCAACUUUAUGUUCACAAUUCACCGAUGUCGGAUUUUUAGCAAUGGCACAAGGUUGCCACCUCUUACAACGACUUGAUCUCGAAGAUUGCACCGCUAUUACUGACGAGACUCUAAAACAUUUAGCUGAUAACUGUCCUCAACUUCAAAUACUAACUCUUUCACGAUGCGAACAAAUAACUGACGAAGGUAUUCGCUACCUAAGUUCUAGUGUUUCUGCCCAAGAAAAUCUUCGCGUACUCGAAUUGGACAACUGUCCCACAAUCACCGAUGUUUCUAUUGACCGUUUACUCGCCUGCCAAAACCUUCGCCGUCUCGAUAUAUUCGAUUGUCAACAAAUAUCCAAGAACGCUGUCAAAAAAAUUCAAACGCAUUUUCCCGAUUUAAACAUUCACGCUUAUUUCGCACCUCGAACACCGACUCAAGCAAAUCGCCGGACAAGAUCUUGUCCAUUUUGCUGUUGUACAUUAUGUCCAGCAUGUGCACCAUCAUGCUGCACAAUUGCUUAA